AUGUGUGUGUCGCAAGAGUGGUCUGCUCUCAUAAAAAGCUCUCGUUUCAUUGCAAUUCACCAAAAAUGCCUUCAACGCUUGAAUCCUCCGAAUCUCUGUUUACUCUAUGGUCACAGUUCCGGAAGUAGAUAUGCUAAAUAUCCCAAGCACCAUGGGAUUUCAUUGCUUGGCAAAGACACACAUUUGGAGGGAUUAGAUCUGCCUGAACGUGUCCAGCAAGACUCUUAUGAUAGGUUGAUACUUAUUGCGGGAUCUAGCAAUGGUCUAGUCUGCCUUCAUCCUCUUAACACUCCGAAGGAGAUAAUCGUCGUGUGGAACCCAGCAACAAGACAGCAUAGGUAUCUUCCUAAACCAUUGUCUUUUAAGGGUAGGAAGGAGACUUCUGAUGCACCACUGUUAGGUUUCGGAUUCAUUAACGACAAUGGCAAGUAUAAUAUUGAUUACAAAGUCGUGAGGAUUUCCCACAGCAAGGAUCGUGAUGCUGAUGAAAAGUUUACAUACCUAACCCAAGUCUUCACCCGAAGUGAAAAGUCAUGGAGAGAAGUUAAAAACUGUAUUCCACCAGGCGAUUAUAACUUUGAACCAGGCUCUUCGAUUUCUUCGAAUGGUGUGUUGUAUUGCUUGGCAAGGACUAGGGGUGUUCCUUCUAUUUUCUCGUUCAAUCUGCAUGAUGAGCUAGUCCUUGACAUGCCAAUGCCGCCUCGUUACAGUCUUUUUUAUGGCCAACGUCUCUUUACGUGGGAAAAUUCAGUUGCAUUUUUAACCUAUGUCGACCAUAAGUAUGAUCUUUGGGUGAUGAAGAAAGAAUCCGGUACACAAAUGCCUACUUGGAAUUGGACUGCACAAUUUACAAUAAAAAAUCUCCCACAAUCUAUGUAUUCAAUCCUUGUAUUCUGGUUUGGUUUAUUUCUGUUUGUCAAAAGGCACGUCAAAGCUGGACAAGAUCUGGUUACGUAUGAAUAUGCUUCAGCCACAACCGAAGCGAUGAAGGCUUUCAAACUUGCGACAGGGAACUCAUGCCUUCAAGUGGUAGAUUACGUGCAGAGCUUAGUUUCAGUAUCUAAAUGUGAGUAG